UUAGACAUAUAACUGCAGAAAAUUCGUCCAACUGUUCUAAUGUACUUUUUUUGAUGAGUUUUGGAAAGCUGUACUGCCUUACCAUGAAACGAACACACUUUGUAUAUGUAAUUUAACAUGGCUACACUAAUAAACGGAAUUAUUGUAAGCUAUUGGAAUUUUCGGUUCGCGAUAGGCUUUUAUGAAUAUUUGUAUAUAUAGGUAUGUUUGGAUAAAAGCGUUUUGAUAACAUAUAUGUUAGGAGUUCUUAUUCUCCCAUUCUGAUACGGGAUGCGCAAAUACAGUGAUAUAAUACCUCAACCGUCCGCAAAAAAACAAAAUGCGCUCUAAAUUCUAAUUAUGAUAAGGAUUGGAUCCGUAGUCUUUUAUACCAGUAAGGAGUAUAUUUGUAAUUUUAAUUUUGAGGAGUGGAUAUGUAGGUGUUUUUUUUAUAAGGAGUGGGUCUGGACUUUUUUUUAAUAAGGAGUAAAUCUGUACUUUGUUAUCUGUAGUUUUUGUAGGGAGUGGAUCUGUAGUUUCUUUUUAUAAGGAGUGGAUCUGUAGGUUUUUUUUAUAAGGAGUGGAUCUGUAGGUUUUUUUUAUAAGGAGUGAGUCUGUAGGUUUUUUUUAUAAGGAGUGUAUCUGUAGUUUUUUUUAUAAGGAGUGGGUCUGUAGGUUUUUUUUAUAAGGAGUGGAUCUAUAGUUUUUUUUCUAAGGAGUGGGUCUGUAGUUUUUUUUUUUCUAAGGAGUGGGUAUGUAGGUUUUUUUUAUAAGGAGUGGAUCUGUAGGUUUUUUUUGUAGCGAGUGGAUCUCUAGGUGUUUUUUUAUAAGGAGUGGAUCUGUAGUUUUUUUUAUAAGGAGUGGGUCUGUAGGUUUUUUUUAUAAGGAGUGGGUCUGUAGUUUUUUUUUUUAUAAGGAGUGGAUCUGUAGUUUUUUUUAUAAGGAGUGGGUCUGUAGGUUUUUUUAUAAGGAGUGGGUCUGUAGGUUUUUUUUAUAAGGAGUGGGUCUGUAGGUUUUUUUUCUAAGGAGUGGGUCUGUAGGUUUUUUUCUAAGGAGUGGGUCUGUAGGUUUUUUUAUAAGGAGUGGGUCUGUAGGUUUUUUUUUAUAAGGAGUGGGUCUGUAGGUUUUUUUUAUAAGGAGUGGAUCUGUCCUUUUUUUUGUAGCGAGUGGAUCUCUAGGUGUUUUUUUUAUAAGGAGUGGAUCUGUAGUUUUUUUUAUAAGGAGUGGAUCUAUUGUUUUUGUAAGAAAGGGAUCUGUAGUUUUUGGUCGAUCAUAAGUUUCACCCCAGAGAGCUACAUGUCUCUAGAUAAGACAAAUCAUGAAUAUAUUUAAAAUUCAUUUGCAUUAUACAUGUAUUUCAGAAUAUUUCUACAGAUUGAUACAUGUAGUUCGAAUUCGUCUCGAAGUUCUGCUAAAUCUUCCGAUUUAUCCAAUAAGCCUAUCGUUAAGUCAUUUCUUUAAUAUCUUUCAACGUUUGGUAAAUCCACUGAUUUAUUCAGCAAUCCUAUCAUUGAAUUAUCAAAAAAUAUUUACGUGAUUCAAUUAAUCUCAGGCAUUACGAUGCGCAGCAUGUGACGAAAUUGUCCGUCAAUUAUUUGGUAUCUUUCUGUGUAAAUAAAACAGAACAUUAAAACAUUCCUGAUUGAUAUAGAUAUGACCUAUUGGUCUAAUUGUGAGAGACGCUUACUGCACUAUCGCUAGAGAUAACUAGUGAUACAUCGCAAUGUCCGUGUAUAGAGUUUACUUGUACUUCAACCUAAUGCACACCUGUAUUGUGGUAUACUGUUAUUAGACAAAUUAAACUACCUCUUACAUUUCUAUAAUGAAGAACAGUAAAUCAGAAACUCGUGACGGAUAUCUCCGGAUUUUUAUACCAUUGUGUGCUGCGGAUUUUUGUCUAUUUUUCUCCGUCAUGAUAUGUACGUACACGAUGAACGAAUAUGGCCAUGAUACAUUUUGGGAUAUAGAAUUUCCAAACAGAACUGUUUCCAACAAUACAGGUGUGUCUCUGUGUGAUACAAACACGUCCUCACAAGAAUACCAGGAUGAACAGGUUGUCCAAAAGGCUGUGUCUAGGUGGAACCUGUACAUAUCGAUAGCUCUUGGAGUACCGCUGAUAUUCUCCAGUUUACUCUUAACUUCACUGAGUGACUAUAUGGGACGGAGGCCGUUUCUUUUCCUUGGAAUGUUUGGUAUUUGCAUUAAGGAGCUUCUGAUGACUCUAGCCAUAAUUUUCAAAUGGGAUGUGUAUAUCUUUAUUCCAUUCACAUUCAUAGAUGGAUUUUGCGGAGGAUGGGUGGUUCAGCUUGCCAUUGCCAUGUCUGUUGUUUCGGACCUCACAAGUGCUGGAAAGACAAGAUCUUUUCUGAUUGCUGUAUUCAGCUUUGUAUUUGGCAUUGGAGUUUCUCUUGGAACUUUUGUUUCCGGUUUCAUUGUCGCAAUUCUAGGGUAUGACUACUCCAUGGCAACAGCUUGUGGAAUGGUUGCCCUAGGUUUUAUCAUUACAUGCUUCGUUCCCGAGACGCUAACGAAAUCAGAAAGAAAGCAGCAUAACUUUAGUUGUAUAGGGAAUAUUAAAGACAUGUUAAAAUUCUAUAUGGAAGAAGAUCGCAGUCAUCUGGGUUCCACUCGAUGGAAGUAUAUCUUUUUGAUAGUUUCUUUCAUUUUUGUAAUGAUGGGUAGCCUCGGUGCUUUUGCAAUGGAAACAUUCUAUCUUCUGGACUCGCCAUUUUGCUUCAGUCCAGAGAAAAUUAGUAUAUUUGAGACAGCGAAAUUGUGUGUUUCUGAGAUAGUUAUUUUAGUUGGCAUCAAAGUAAUGCAACAGUGCCUCACGGACGAAACUAUUGCCUUUUUUGGCACGAUAUCUGGCGUCUCUGGUUAUGUCUUGUUUGGAAUAGCAUCAUCACAAAUGUAUUUGUAUAUAGGGGCUGCUGUUGGUGCUAUUAGGAUGAGUGCAAUACCUAUGAUCAGAGGAACUAUGUCAAAGAUGACCUCUCCUCAAAAUCAAGGUGCUAUGUUUGGCAGUCUAGCAAUUGUGGAGAACAUUUGUAAUAUGUCGGGUUCCGUCCUUGGCAGCGCCAUCUACUCGGAAACCGUGUCCUUCUACAAGGGUACAACGUACCUCGUGUUUGCUGGGUUUAUGAUCUUCUCUUUGAUAUUAUUGCUGUUUUUGGUGAAAGCCUCCAUCCAGAAGCAGCGCUCUAAAGGAUACAGUCCGAUAUCAUAAUGAAUUGGCCCGAUUCAUUAUCUACAAACCAACAAAUAUAUAAUUUAUAUAUGCAAAGUAAUUUCAGAAUCAUACAACAGUCACAUACAUCCACUUUACAACAGACUGUUGGCACAUAUUAUUUUUAUAUACAAAUAAUAUGUA